AUGACCGAUUCUUCUAGAAGUGUUAAGCACGACAAAAUUAAAUGGCGCCCUAGCAAAUCCCAAACCCGCCAUAAACGUUUCGUUCGUCUCAAUGGGCUAUUUUUGAACUUUUUUGUUUUAUUACCUUCAUUUAUAUUUUUCAUUGGUUCAUUUUUAUUUUUUGACGUUUUUACUUUUUUACUUUUUCUCUCAAUAUUGCAUUUUAUUUCUUGUUAUUUUUUUACGUUUUUCUCUUUCUCUUCUUUCCUUUCUUUGCAUCAUACUGUUCUUACUGUAAAUUCUAACUUUAUAUCUCUCUUUCUCACUUUUCUUUAUUUCAUUUUUAUUUUUAUUUUAAUUCAUUUCCUUUUUGUCCUUUUCCUCUAUUUCGAACUUAGCGCUUCCUUUCAUUUUCUUAACUUUCUUUUCUUUUUCUUUAUCCUUCCUUUUUUGUCCUCUUCAUUCCCAGAACGAUACAUAUUUCGUCGCCUGAACUAUUCCCUUUUUGUCCUUGGGCGGUGUUAG